UUUCAUUUUAUGAACCAAACGAGGCCAUAGUAUAGAGUUAACUACCUACUUCUCUUGUCAAACACCUGGAAACCGUUUUAAGAUUUUGUUUGGAACAAAGAGGACAUACUUCAAGAGUUGGGGUUUCGUGUUGCAGUACUUGAUAUCCUUUUGAAUUUGAAUCGAUGGGUUGUCAAGCUUCAACAUUCAGAUUUCCUAGUAGAAGGUCUCGUCGGUUUGCGCCAAGACGGUUUCCACCUCCAGCUCAAAGCCAUAGGGUGCUUCAUGCUCAGUCUGGGCAACAGCAGAGUGUUGCACCUCCGCCUCCACCUCCACAUCCUCUUCCACUUCCACCUCCACCUCCGUCGCUCCCGGCCCUGUCUCCACCUAAAAGCUAUGAGUUGGAGAACAAAUACUCAAAUACAGAUGCUAAUCUGGUCAGCCAGCUAGUUCCUGAUGUAGAUUGGAAUUCUCCAGCAGUUUCUGAUGUUUACCUUGAUCAAGAUGACAAGCCUGAGGGUAAUGAGGUCACGGAUCAAUAUUUGAAGCAUGCCGGUCUGGAGUCUGCCAAACUUAUUUUUGGUAUUGAUUUCUCACGGAGCAAUGAGCGGAGAGGUGCAAGGUCCUGUAACGGGAAGAGCUUGCAUUACAUUGGAGCAGAGCAAAAUCCCUAUGAACAAGCAAUAUUGAUCACUGGGAAAAUAUUGCAGUACUUUGAUAAGGAUACGAUGAUUCCUUGUUUUGGAUUUGGAGAUGCAUCAACCAAUGACCAGGAAGUUUUCAGUUUCUAUCCAGAUGAGAGCGCUUGCUGCAAUGGAUUUGAAGAAGCAACAAAACGAUAUAGAGAAGUAGUCCCCCAGCUACAACUUGGAGGGCCUAAAUCAUUUGCCCCUAUCAUUGAAAUGGCCAUGACUCUUGUCGAACAGAGUGGUGGCCAGUACCAUGUGUUGGUGAUACUAGCUGAUGGGCAGGUGACUAGAGGAGAAGAUACUGGUCUUAGCCAGUUAAGCCCACAGGAAAAGAAAACAGUUGAAGCAAUUGUGAAAGCAAGCGAGUAUCCCUUAUCAAUUGUGGUAGUUGGAGUUGGAGAUGGACCAUGGGAUAUGAUGGAGAAAUUUGAGGCUAAAAUUCCUCGACGGGCCUUUGAUAACUUUCGGUUUGUGAAUGCUGCAGACAUUUUCUCAAAGAAUAUGGACAGCUCAAGAAAAGAUGUAAAAUUUGCUUCUGCAGCCUUGCUGCAAUUACCCUCUCAGUAUAAAGCAACACAAGAGCUUAGCAUAUUGGGUGCUACAAGAGAGAAUGCGGUGCGUAGGAUUCCUCUUCCCCCUCCUCGUUACAGUUCAGGCUAUGUAGGCAGUGAACGAGCACCUCACGCUUCUGACAAUCAUCUCUGUCCCGUUUGCCUAACCAAUGAGAAAAAUAUGGCAUUUGGUUGCGGACAUCAGACAUGCUGUGACUGUGGACCAGAUCUUGAGACGUGCCCGAUUUGCAGAAGCGCCAUCUACCUCAGGAUAAAACUCUAUUGAGCCUGCAUUUGGAACACUGCUCAUAAAUUUUGGGGUUUGAAGUUCGACUCUAAUUACAAACAAUUGUUGUUUUGGCCCUUAUUGGCGUUUUUGAGGCUUAAUGGGCCAAAUAUGUACACAUAUAUACUUUUUGGGGUGUUGUUAUUAUUAUUUCUUUAUCAAAUUUUAA